GCUAAAUGUGACCCAGCGAAUAUUACGCAUUCUCCAAUACCAAGACAUGCAGAACAUGUUCAUCUCACGCCGUAUAAUGUCAGCUGAAUCAAUUGGCGUCACCGCAGUGUCUACCCCCCUACAUAGCUUAUACCAGCGGUAGGGUGCCCUUGUGAUAUCCAACACGGACUUCAACAGGGAGCAUACUCUGGCUUCAGUGACAACAGCUUCCAUGAAUACCCAAUAAGGUGACUUUUGGAUGUGGAAAGUCUCAUCCUUAUGCAGCUCUUUCACGGGUAAUGCAGUUGCUGACGCAUACAUGGAAUGCCUCACCCAUGCUUGCACGUCAUUAGACUAAUUCGUCACAGCGUUACGUUGUCCUGUUCACGUCACCUCUACUGGAUGAACAGUGUGGCGGCAAUCCACGCAUUCCACGACACUGUGUAGCCCGGCUAGAUUCUCAGCAGCCCUCACGAGGCUUGAAAAUAGAGAGCUUAGAUAAAGCUGGAAUCUCCGGUCGAACAACAAGCCCCACAUCCAGAUUCAACAUGGAGCGUGCACUUCUUGUUGGGUUUAUCUCUUGUUCAUCGUGUGGGAUACUGCUUAGCAUUCCUCUCCUUUAUCUUGAUUCCAGAAAAUCGAAAUCGGCCCCAACUACAGCAAGUGACAGCCGCUUAGAGCGAUACUUAGCGGUCAUUUUUGGUUUGAUGCAGAUAGGCUUGCUCGCUGCUGUUGAUGUAGCAGCGGCAGAAUCACUUCACAAGAGCCAGCAAGUUCGAUGGAUGGAGGCAGUGUGCUCCAGUACGCUCCAGAUCUAUGCAGGAGUCAACUCUGCUCGCGUCCUACGCCGCCUGUUGGUGCUUCCUUGGGCUACACCUCUAGUAUAUGUAGUCUUCACGGUUUCUAUCGUGCUCAACUUUGUAUAUUUGACAAUCGAAGGAGGAUCUUCCGACUAUUGGUUUUUCUUCAACCUUGCCGUUCCGUCGCUUCUAUCUUCAACUAUAUCGUCCUGGCUAGCAUACCAGCACAAGAUCGCACGAGGGGAUAAUCCGAAGUUUCUACGGCUCUUGAUCUUGCUAGCCAUUUCGAAUGCAAUAUCAGCUCUGUCCCAGUUUUUUGGAGCAAUGAUUAUAUACCGCUCGGUACUCACAGGUCGCGAGAUCACAAGCAAGACUCAUUACGUUAUUCUUCUUACUUGUACAUCUACGCAUCUUCUAUGCCCUCUCGUUUUCUGCGUCAGCGGCGCGCGUCGAUCUAUGAAGCGGGCAUGGACUCAGAUGCGGUCGCGCCAUUUCACCGACACCACCACCGAGGGAGCUAUUAGACUUGACAGUCUAGGAGAAGCGGGUUCGAUACAUGAUGAGAGUAUUUGA